AUGAAGGCUGCUUGUACCGCCUAUCGAUGCCUCACCAAAGAUCUAGAAGGCUGCGCCAUGAACCCAGAGAUGACAAUGGAAAGUAUCGGCAGUUUGCACGGGGCAGCCGGCGGCAGCAGCGGCGGCGGCGGCGGCGGCGGGGGCCCGGCCCAUGAGCAGGAGCUGCUAGCCAGCCCCAGCCCUCACCACACGAGCCGGGGCUCAGGCUCGCUACGGGUCCAGCCUCCUCACCAGGACCUGGGCACCGCGUCCUCCCGGUCAGCGAUGGUGACCAGCAUGGCUUCCAUCCUGGACGGGGGGGACUACCGUCCGGAGCUGUCCAUCCCGCUGCACCACGCCAUGAGCAUGUCCUGCGACUCGUCCCCUCCGGGCAUGGGCAUGAGCAACACCUACACCACGUUGACGCCACUCCAGCCCCUGCCGCCCAUCUCAACGGUCUCCGACAAGUUCCACCACCCACAUCCUCACCACCACCCGCACCACCACCCACACCACCACCAUCAUCACCACCAGCGCCUGUCGGGCAAUGUCAGCGGGAGCUUCACCCUCAUGCGGGACGAGCGGGGACUACCAGCCAUGAACAACCUCUACAGCCCCUACAAGGAAAUGUCCGGCAUGGGGCAGAGCCUGUCUCCCCUCGCAGCCACCCCUUUGGGAAACGGCCUGGGCACUAUCCACAACUCCCAGCAGGGCCUACACAACUAUGGGCCCCCAGGGCACGACAAAAUGCUCAGUCCCAACUUCGAAGCCCACCACACUGCCAUGCUGGCCCGAGGGGAUCAGCAUCUCUCCCGGGGACUAGGCACCCCGCCCGCUGCCAUGAUGUCGCACCUCAAUGGGAUGCAUCACCCGGGCCACGCGCAGUCCCAUGGGCCGGUGCUGGCCCCGAGCCGGGAGAGGCCCCCCUCCUCCUCCGGCUCGCAAGUGACCAACUCGGGGCAGCUGGAAGAGAUCAACACCAAAGAAGUGGCCCAGAGGAUCACUGCUGAGCUGAAGCGCUACAGCAUCCCCCAGGCGAUCUUUGCCCAGAGGGUGCUGUGCCGUUCUCAGGGGACCCUUUCUGACCUGCUUAGGAACCCCAAACCUUGGAGUAAACUGAAAUCUGGCAGGGAGACCUUCAGGAGGAUGUGGAAAUGGCUACAGGAACCAGAGUUUCAGCGGAUGUCCGCCUUACGCCUGGCAGGCGACCGCUCGUACCGCAAAGGUGCUUGCCGCUUGCAGGGCUGGUUUAACACAUGCCAAGCCGAUUUGGGUAAUGUGACAGGCAACAUGCUCACAGAUGCGGCUUCGGGAGGCGUUUCUGCUCUGACAUCUGCCUCCUUCACUGGCA